AUGAAGACGUGCGGCCGCGCGGCGUUUUGCUGGGCCCUGCUGUGCGUCGCUGGCAUCCUGGCGGCGCCGCGCCGCCCUUACUGCGAGCGGGCGGACGUAGCGUGGCGCGCCUACCGGGCCCCGGCAGCCUUCGAGGCCCGCGUCCAGUCGCUCGCCAAAGACGCCGCCACGGUCCAAGUGCGCCGCGUCCUACGCCGCCAGGGUCGCUGGCCCAGGGAAGAUGCCAUCAUCCGGCUCAAACUGCCACUGGAUUCACUCGAGUGCUCUGGACGUUUCGAAGUGCCUUUACAGAAUCGAAAGAACUAUAUAAUUUUCGCGGAGAGAAGGGGCCACGCCGCCGUGGCUCUGGGUCCGCCGUUGAGACGGACCGGCAAGUUGAUGAGGAGGAUACGAGCGGUCUACAAGCCUGGUUACAGUGAGUGUCUUGUGCUUUUUGUGCAUGGAAGUUGA